AUGGUGCUUUGGCAAAGUGCUGCGCCUAAGCUCGACGCUAACUCCCCUAAGAUUGGUGAUGGUUCCGCUGCGGGUCCUAUAGACCCUGCGUUUGGUGUCUUCACUCCAGCCUUAGCGUUGCUGCUGAGAAGAAGGGCUCUAUUGCUGUUUCCAAAUUGUGAUGAGGAGGUUGUGAAAUUAGUAGACUAG